AUGUGUCAGUCGGAGCGCCUGGUGUCCGAAAUAAUGCAUUCGUUGAAACAGGCGUUCAGUAACGCAUACCAGUCCUCCAAACAGCGGACGCCCUACAUAUGCGACACCUGUCCCAUGCAUUGGUUUCACCGGUUGUGCGCCGACAUGGAGGGGCUGUCAGGCGACAGGGCGCACGCAAUAAUCGUUAACCGCCUGGAAGGGCUACCGGUGCGGGACAGGGACGAGUGUGAACGUUUGGCGACUCCUCCGGGGGUGGUUGGAGGUAAGCAACGGAACUCCCUUUCCAUUCACGAGCAAAACGAGCUGUUAAUGUCGGCGCUGAAGGUGCUGUGCGAACGCAAACAGCGCCGACAUCAACACCCGAGCGGUGGGACCGGCAGUCAGGAUAAGUCAUCGUUGUUGGAAAAACGACUGUCCGUUCACUCGUUGGAUACAUUCAAAGAGAAGGCUCGUAACUCCCUGUCCAACACGUUUGAGUCGAUUUUUAAGUCACCGGUAGCUAAACAGAAGCGCCGGCACCGAUCGGAGACUAUGGAUACGAGUAUUUUAAGUAGACUAAGGCUUAGGAAUAAUCGCAUGAUAUUUGCCAAUAGUUUGAGUCGAAACGGGUCUAACGAGAGUAUCAGUUCAUCUCCGAGUUAUUCUCAACGGUCGGCGCCGGUCGACGACCUGUCCUCCAAUACCGACGACUCUCCCCUACACUUCAGACCCCGGAGUAACACAUUAUCAGAGAUCGCGGAUAUCGCCAAAGACGGCGCCGAUACCACUGGUGACAAAACAAUGUGUCGGAGCGAGUCGUUGGCU